AUGGAGGAGCCAUCUCCUGCACCUGCAGACCAUGACAAUGAGCAAACCCCGUUGCUUCGAAACUUUCAGGACCGACAAUUCCACGUUCUGCCGCGCAAACAACUCCUGAUCGUCUUCCCGGCCUUGGCCCUGGUCCAGUUCACCUCCUUCCUCGACCAAACCGCUAUCUCGACUGCGCUGCCAGCAAUCGCAGACGGUCUGCACAUUGGCUCGUCGAUAUCCUGGGUCGGUGCCAGUUUUCUGGUUACCAGCACCAGCGUCCAAUUAAUCAACGGUCGGCUAUCCGAUAUUUUUGGCCGGAAGACAUGUUUGAUUACUGCCUUGACCAUCAUGGCACUGGGAAAUAUUGCGUCGGGAUUCUCGGUUACCCCAUCGGAACUGUAUGCGACCCGUGCAUUCAGCGGGUUCGGCGCUGGUGCCAUUAACGCUCUCGUGCAGAUUGCUGUGUCUGACUACACUACCCUGGCUCAGAGAGGCUACUAUUUUGGCAUCAUUGGUGUUGCGACAGCGUUGGGGAAUGGCCUGGGACCUGUGGUGGGAGGAGCCCUGACGGAGCAGACCAGCUGGCGAUGGACGUUCUGGUUUAUCGGGCCCUUGGCCGGGGCUGCGGUUCUUCACAUUGCUUUCGUUCUGCCACAGUCAGGCGCCAGUACUAGAGGGAUCUGGAAGCAGCUCCAACUGAUGGAUUGGCUCGGGAUGUUGACGAGUAUGGUUGCGAUUAUACUGAUCUUGAUUCCCCUGUCUCAAGGAGGUUCAGCUAUCUCCUGGACGUCCCCAACGGUGAUAGCAAUGCUGUCUACCGGUGUGUGUCUAUUCCUGGUGUUCCUUGUCAUCGAAUGGCGAUCCAUCAAACUACCCCUUCUACCACUGCACCUAUUCCAGUAUGGCCUCUCUACCAACAUUCUCCUCGCUAUGAAUGUCAUCAUCGGUUGGGUCUUCUGGUCAAAUCUCUUCUACAUCCCCCUCUAUUUUCAGAAUGUUCGGGGCUGGAGUCCAGCAACGGCAGGAUCUUUGAUCUUACCUAUGGUCAUCGCCCACGGGGCAACCUCUGCGCUGAGUGGGAUCCUGGUUGCGGCAACGGGUCGCUAUACCCGCAUCAUUAGCGGCGGAGCGGCGCUGUGGACGAUUGGUGCAGUCGGCAAAACCCUGUAUGGGCAGACAACACCUGUCUGGUCAUUUUUCAUGAUUGGUAUCUUUGAAGGCUUUGGUGUCGGUUGUUCUCUCCAACCAGUGCUGGUUGGACUCCUGGCGGGCUCUCAAAACGCAGACCGCGCUGUGCUCACAGGUCUUCGCAACUUCAUCCGUGAUAUUGGCGGCGCGAUGGGCAUUACCAUAUCCGGUACAAUCCUGAACAACAUCCUCUACAGUGGACUAAAGGGCAAGCUCAGCCCAGAGUUGGUCUCCAAGUUGGCUUCCUCCGCAUUUGCACUGCGGGGCAUGGAUCUAUCGGAUGACGAUAAGCAAUUGGUCUCUACUGUCUACAUGCGCGGUGUUCAGGCAGUAUUUGUUUCCUAUGCCGUGCUUAUCUCCAUCUACUUACUCUGCUCUCUAUUUAUCGAGGACUAUGGGCUUGGUGGGAAAUAUCCCCAAGUAAAAUCCAGUGUGACUACAAACCGCGAGGAGACAGAGGAAUGCUAG